AUGAAGAAGUACGAGGCGGAUCAACGUACAGCUCAGCGAAUGAAUCGACAGCCAAACCGCUACCCAGAUCGACGUACUUUGCUCCAACCUUCACACGAAAGCCUUGACAUGCCGGAUGUGGAGAUGGAGUCGGUGGGGUCGGAAAUUUACCAACAUAUCCAUGAGGCGGCGGAAUACGACCCGGAUGAUCUAUGGAUGCCCGAACCACGGCGCCCUCAUGUAGCCGCGACCGGGGCGACUACCGGAGGGGGAAGCAUCACGCAGAGGAUCAGAAUCUCAGCGAUUUCUGAGCUGAAAGAAUUCUCAGGGAAGGAUCGGGAAGAAGACAAAGCACGGACCUGGAUCGGCAAAGUGAAAUCAGCGUUUAUCCGGGACCAAGCACCGGACGAGGAGAUAUGUCUGGUCUUCGGUGAUCUCAUGGUGGGCCCAGCCCGCUACUGGUAUCGACAGCUGAGUAGAUCGACGAGAUCCAAUUGGAAAGAAUUGAUGAACAGUUUUCUUGUGGAGUAUGCGGGACAAGGGAUGUCCGCGAGCAGGCAGUACUACCGCGCAAAGAAACGAUCGGAGGAAGAUCCUUUACAGUACCUGUAUCGGCUUAAUGUGAUGGGAAUGCAGGCGAAGAUACCGGUGAUGACUGGAUUGCCAGCUGCGCGCAAGGAACAUGUCAAUCAUUUCAUUGACACCUUGGACGACCCCGAUCUGUCCAAUCAAUUGCUACUGCUGAAUGUAGAAGACGCGGAGGCCAUGCAAAAGACACUGCACGGAUAUCAACAAGGGAGAUCGCGUCAAGGGAAAGUGAUGAUGGGAUCGUCCAAAUUCAGGCAGAAGGGAACUCAGGGUCCAGCGCUGUCUAAGCCUGCACGAGCGGUAAGGAUGGUCCGUACCGAGGACGUCUGCAGCGAGUCAGGAUCGGACACCUGCGGAUCGGAUUUGGAAGAUCGAUUGAGAUCGAUCCAUGUGGCUGCUACUGCGGAUCGCCGUUCAUCCCCCAAUGACGUUGCAGCAAACGCGAGAUCGGUCGACCCGAACACUCGUCAAGACUAUCAAAUCGCAAUAUGCCAUUGA